UCGUCUCGCAUUUUUCGUGGGAGCGGCUUCGUUGCAAAGACGGUAACAAGGAAAGGCAGUACAUGUAUUGUAACCACAAGUAAUAGCUGCUUUGCUACCCAUUAUCUCUUCUUUGUGGAGUGCUGGGUUUCUUUGUUGGGAGAGGGAGACUGUCUUUUUGCUUUGGGGAGAUUGAUUCGAUUCUAGUUUUUUCCGUCUGUGCAGUAUUGGGCUUCUUUCUGCAUCAUUGAUACCAGUACUUUACUGUACCAUACCGGUACCAGUCAACAAGUGUUGUGUUUACCAUCUUCUAUCUUCAUUCAAUCCAAUCCAACUGACUGUGUGAUACUAUUACUAUACCAACCAACCAUGCCAUCCAAUCAUGUGACUAUCGAGACCAAAUUCAGUGAUGGACUGUACGACUGUAUACAGCAAAAUGGCAGCAGCAUGAUCCAAGAACCAUCCAGGCCUCAACACUUGAGCGGGAAUCUUCACAUGCCCCAACCUCAAACCAACAAUGGUCACCACAAUCAUCCGGAGGAAAAUAAUGGAACAACAUCUCCUCAUUCUUCCACCAAAAUGAAGAGUUUAGAAAUUGAUCACCGAGACAAUCACGACAAUCAUGACUAUUACAAUAAUAAUAACAACAACAAUCACCAUUCUCCACAACAUGCCCAACAAGAACGACAAAACAACGAAAAUUUGUUGGGGACGGCGUUUUGUACCUUCAUGUCAUUUGCCACGGUCCAAACCAUUGUGGCUGUUUUUGCCAAAUCCGAAGCCAUGCUGGGAGACAGUGCGGCCAUGAUUGUCGAUGCAUUGACAUACCUCUUCAAUUGGCAUGCCGAACGCAAAAAGGCACAUUUUGAGACACCCGAAUGGGCCGCCACGAUUCUCAUGACUACCGGAAAUGACAAUGACGAAACACGACAACGCGUCCUGGAUCGGACCCGACGAAAACAAAUCCUGCAACUCGAGCUGGUACCACCCUUGAUAUCCGUGUCCACAUUGCUCAUUGUCACGGGAUUUGUCUUGCAUCAAUCUGUACGCGUGUUGGUCCUAGAUGUACAUCGAUCCAUUGACAAACAGGGAAAUCCAAAUAUUGAAAUCAUGAUGUACUUUUCCAUUGCCAAUUUGGGAUUGGAUCUCGUCAAUGUCGCCAAUUUUGCAAAGGCAAAACACUUGUUUGGAUACGAAACCAACGAAUAUCAACCACCGCAAGGGCACGAAGCACUGACGACUCAUGAGGAUGCCGAAACUGGCAAGGCUGCCAUGUACAGUCCCAGCUCCACACCGGACAAUCAUCACAAUGAAAACAAUGGCGAUGGUAGUGAAGAUGAGGAGGAGCAAGAAGAUCAAGAUCACACAGCCAAUCUGAACAUGUGCUCGGCGUAUACACACGUUUUUGCCGAUACCCUGAGAAGCAUUGCUGUGCUGGUCGCAUCGUCGAUAUCCGAACUGGUCGAGUGGGUGACGCCCGAAGAAGCCGAUGCCGCAGCGGCUGUGGUCGUCUCGGCGUUGAUCAUACUCAGUCUCAUUCCACUACUCAAUGGGUUGGUGCAAUCGUCCAGGGAAUUACAAUUGAUACGGGCUGAAGAAAAACAAGACGAAAUCCUCUUCUCAUCGUCGUCAUCUACUACUAAUAGACAAUAAACAAAAUAAAUAGAUGAGUGAUUCGAUUCAGUAGAAUUGGUGUCAAAUAGAAAGCUAUAGCAUAAAUAAGGUCAGCUACAAUUCGAAGCUUCAGCAAUUGUUGCAACGUGUAUUGACAUAAUACAGCUUCAGGGAUCGACGAAUCCAUCUAGAAAGACAGGGAGCAGGUAUACAAAUCCGCUACGCAAAAAAACCAUUGUCACGCAUCCACUUGAUCAUACCGGUAUGGGAAUGGCCUCCUGCUGCUGCUGCACAUAAAACACUUUGCCCAUUCCAUGGGCAGCCAUUUUCAUGGGCAUACUGUAAAACAUCCAACUGUCCACUUUUUGCAGCACCAGAGCUUGUCACUGCAUCCCAUGGGCAGCCAUUUUCAUGGGCAUA